AGAUAUCCGCAAUAAUGAAAUCUCCUGGGCCAUUGAAGACUCCAUUGGUUUGUUUGAUGGAAUGAAGAAGCUGAACACACUAAUCCUACAGCGGAACACAAUCAAAUCAAUCACUAAGAAAGCGUUCGAGGGCCUGGAGGAGCUGGAGCACCUGGACCUCAGCAAGAAUGGCAUCAUGUCAAUACACCCCGAGGCGUUGUCCCAUAUGAAGCUCAAAGUGUUUGUCUUGAACACAAGCAGCCUGCUGUGUGACUGCCAUAUGCAGUGGCUGGGGUCUUGGCUGACCGACAGCCAGUUUCAGCAGUCUGUCUCUGCUGUCUGUGCUCACCCUGCCAGCCUUCUUGGUCGUAACGUCCUGUCCAUCAGCCCGGAAGAGUUUGUUUGUGAUGAUUUCCCAAAGCCUCAGAUCACAACUCACCCAGAGACGUCUGUGGCACUGCGGGGGAACAACGUGACUCUGAGCUGCAUUGCGUCUAGCAGCAGCGAUUCGCCAAUGACCACAGCAUGGCGGAAGGAUGGGGAGGUGCUAUAUGAUGCAGAAGUGCAAAACUACGCCCGGUACCAGGAGGGAGAGCUGAUUUACACCACUGUGCUUCAUCUACUUAAUGUCAACUUUACUGAUGAGGGCCGCUAUCAGUGUGUGGUCUCCAAUCACUUUGGCUCCAACUACUCCAACAGGGCCAAGCUUACCGUCAAUGAGCUGCCAUCCUUUCUUAAGACUCCCAUGGAUUUGACGAUUCGAACUGGUACCAUGGCCAGGCUAGAGUGUGCUGCUGAAGGCCAUCCAUCACCCCAGAUUGCUUGGCAGAAGGAUGGGGGCACUGACUUCCCUGCUGCCCGAGAGCGCAGGAUGCAUGUGAUGCCAGAUGAUGACAUCUUCUUCAUUGCGAACGUGAAGACAGAAGACAUGGGAGUAUACAGCUGCACAGCACAAAAUGCAGCUGGCAGCCUGUCUGCAAAUGCUACUCUCACCGUCCUGGAAACUCCAUCCUUCAUGCGGCCGCUGGAAGACAGAACCGUGGCCCGUGGUGAAACUGCCGUGCUUCAGUGUAUAGCUGGAGGCAGCCCCGCCCCUCGUCUCAACUGGACCAAAGAUGACGGGCCUCUGGUGCUCACUGAGCGCCACUUCUUUGCUGCAGCCAACCAGCUCCUUAUCAUAGUUGAUGCCGGUCCUGCUGAUGCUGGGAAAUACACCUGCAUAAUGUCUAACACUCUGGGAACAGAACGUGGCCACAUCUACCUGAGCGUUUCGCCAUCACCAAACUGUGAUACCGUCACAGGAUAUGACCAGGAUGGCUGGACCACUGUGGGCAUUGUGGUGAUUGUGGUGGUGUGUUGUGUGGUUGGAACCUCUCUGGUAUGGGUCAUUGUCAUCUAUCACAUGCGCAGGAAGAGCGAGGACUACAGCAUCACCAACACAGAUGAGAUGAAUUUGCCAGCAGACAUCCCCAGCUACCUGUCCUCUCAGGGUACUUUGUCAGAGCCUCAGGAAGGCUAUAGUAACUCUGAGGCUGGCAGCCACCAGCAGCUCAUGCCUCCUCUCUCCAAUGGAUAUGUCCAUAAGGGCACAGAUGGUGUGUGUUAUGGAGACACAGGCAGCGAGGUGGAAACGGAGGGGAACGGCAUGCUGCACUGCAGGGUGGGCUCUCUGUUCACUGGACGUAGCAGCUUCCACCCUGGAGACCACCGUGAGGGACUGUCUGGAGUUCCCACAGGUGGUGCAGGCCCCGUGGUCAUCUGCUCCGACUGCUACGACAAUGCCAACAUCUACUCUCGUACACGGGAGUACUGCCCCUACGCCUACCUUGGGGAGGAUGAUCCACUGGACAAGACUCCACCCGGCCUGAAGGACGGCUUCAUUGAGCAUGCCCAGCACAAAGACACUGCACUGGAGAGCCUUAUUAGCAACCAGGACUCCUCCAACUUUCUCACCUCACAUGAAAAAAGGUUGAACAGCCACACUCCCCCGGAGCACUACACCAACGAUUUUCUUAGCAGGUCCUUCUGGGGAGAAGGGGAAGAUCCGUCCUCAAAACACCAACCAGGUCCAUCCCAGCACCCAGUGACUGUACACAGGACACCUCCUCUGACUUCCACUGCUGACAGGGCAGAGGAACAGAGUGAAGCAGAGGUGGACAGCUUUCCCAGGCGAUGCACACCGGACCACAGAAGUGCCUCUAAUAGGACUAACCCUCAGGAGCGUUCUGCUCCCACAUAGGUCCUUAUACUCCGUCCCGCGUUCUGCCUCUGACACCUUGUUGCUGCACCUCCCCUACCCCCACUACCUCCAAAGAAACUCCUUACAUUCUGCCAAAGAUGCUCUCUUGUAUGUUUACAUUCCCCUUUCACUCAAGAGGACAUGCUAACGGUCUCCACUGUGGAAAGACUGCCGUGUCAGACGGAGAAAUGGGCCGGUAAUUAAAGUGACCUCCUCCUUGACACCUCCACAGGACCCCUUAUUCCCACAUCCUUCCUCACUUCUUUGUUCUCUUUUUGGAGAAAGCUAUGAAUGUAUUCUUUAAAGAGUCAUGUCGGAUGCUGCCAUGAGAAAAUGCCAAGACAUGGUGGAGUAUUUAUAAGCUCUCUCUCCCCUGUCCCUUCCGCUGUGGGGCUGAAAUUCAGUGCCAGUUUUGUCUCAUCAUUCCUGGUACAGACACCUGUUGGAGCUGGCUACAUGACUUUGGUAGUAAUUACAAAUCACCUAUUCCCAAGGAGGGGAAAGUGGGGUUAACACGGGACAAAUGUAGUUCCCUAACCAGCAGUUUGUGGUUGUUUUAAUAUAGGAAAGAACAUUCAACAUAUGUCCCAAAUUCCCACAGCCAUCCCGACUGACUCAAAACUAUGCUAUCUGGUAUCCUGUUAUGCAAAUCCCAGAGACUUCGACACCAAACUGUGGUAUAUAUUAUGAAUCUAUAUAUGAAUAUAUCCUAUAUCAUUAUCUCAUCUUGUUUCUGUCCUUUUAAAUUUUUUUUUUUUUUUUUUUUUUUUUUUUAAAUGUCUUCGUAAAGAUAAGUUUGGAGAGAAGGCGUACAAUUUUUUGCACAUGUGACAAUCAUGGUUUUGCUGGCUAUCUUCUUAUGGUUGUUUAUUGGAUGGCCUUUUUAACAAGCAUUCUCAGUAACCUCGGUCAGGUGACAUUAUGGUUUAUAUAUACAGUGUGCACUGAUUUGUUUUCCCUUUUGUCAUACCUUACAGGCACUUAAUUUAAUGGUGGCCAACUUUACUAUGCAGUGCGCAUGCCAUUUUAAAAGAUUUUUCAUCCCAGUUUUAUCUUAAAAAGUUCCUGAUCCUUCCGUAGAUAGUGAUCAAGUCUAGGUUUUCACUUGGGACUGUGACAAAUGAGAAUGUAUUGUAUUAUUUUAUUCAUGUAUGUAUGUAUUUGUACAUAAGGCUAGUAAUCUAUUAAACGCCAUGUCCUACUAGUCCAUUUGCAGAGAUGUUUGAGACAUAAGCUGCAGUAAUUUUAAGCGUAUUCAUUUUAAGCCUUUAUUGUCCCAGCAUUCUCCUGAAGUUUUUACAUGUUGGUUCAGGUAACAAGAAGAACACAUUUUCUCAAUAAGUGGGUGAUAUUUUCCUCAUAACUGAAAGUCAGCAAUCCGACAGCUGCCAGCUUUAGCAAACUGUACUGUUUCCAAAUGUCAGUUUUUAAGUUAGAUCGCCUUGAUUAUUGCACUUUUGUGACUCAGAAGCUUAUAUUUGCCCAAUAUAUUUAGCAAAUUGUACUCUGUUGCCAGUUUAUUAGGUACACCUUGCUGAAAGCAAUGCAGUCGAAAGAGCAGUCCUUCGAUAUAUCCUACCUUUUGUGAAGGUUAUAAUGUACAGUUUUUGUUGAAAAACAUUUUUACAUAGGAUUGUAUGAUCAUUUUGGAGGAUGUAGUUUGUGGUGGUGGUGUUGAAUUGUAUUGCAUUAUACUGGCAGAUGUUGUUAUUUUGUGCAGCACAUUUUCAUCAUAUUUAUAUUUCGUGAUGGUAGGAUUUAUUGCACGACUGUUGUUAGAUGGUUUUAGCUAGGUGUACCUGAUAAUAAACUGUCAAUUGAGGGUAUAUCAUACUCAUUCUUCAACGCUACAUCUGACAACAUAUUUGAAAGUUUAUUUUUGUUUUUGUACUUUGUUUUUUUGAUGAUUAGCACUGCUACAUUCUACUCUUUGAUUUUUGACCAAAAAAGGAGUUGUCAUGUUCCUUUUCUCCCUCUUUUGUAGUGGUACACUGAGUGUUCGAGAGUAUUUCAGACACUAAAAAUCAAUAAUGCUGAAAAGUUAAUCUACAGUGAAAAUGUGCGACGGUGUUGCUUGAUGCCAUGUUUUUGAUGUCAUGUCACAAAGUGUAACAUGGCCAUACAAAUGAUUUUUAUUUUUAAUCAAUAAUUACUCAAAAUUGACUGCAUGUGUGUUAAGCAGCAAAUGCGGUACCCCUCCACCUCCACUUUCAUAUUUUGUUAAUCAUGCUUUCCUUCGAUUUGCCAGAUAAACACAUUCCAAGCCUUUUCCUCUGAAUUUAGUGUUGCCCAGAUUAUUGAUUACCUACUGGUAUUAUUUUCCAAGCCAAGACCUGGGUCUCUUUUGCAUUUUGACACACUCCUUGCUUCAGUGGAAGCAGCUUUUUUGUUGUUUCUUGAUGUUUUUUGACUGUUUGCCAAGAUGGAGAAAUUUAAAUGAAAACUUGCAGUGAUAAGGAAUCUUAAAGGAGCUACAUGCCGGAGGGGGGAGGGGGCGUAUAUUGAUUCACUGUUCCAUAAUUUCUGCCAACACAGCAUAAACAUAAUGUGCAUUUGUAUGAUUUUAUUCUCUGAACGUCCUUUAUGACUUUAUACCAAAGUUUAGCAGUAACUGCUUUGGCAAUAUCCAAUGCUGCUUUUUUUUUUUUUUUUUUGAAAUUUUGUUUUCAUUAGUAUUUUUGGACCUUUUUUCUUUGUUUUGGACCUGUACAUUCUGUAAAGCAUGUCUAACAAGCCUUUUUGUUACGUAGCAAUUACUCGAACAUUAAACAUGAAUUCUGAACAUUG